CAUUGUAUACUAGAAUUUACGAUGGAUACUGAAAAGAGAAAAUGUGAAUGAGUCGGUGUAGAUAGACAUAAUUUCUCUCGGCAAACAAGUGCUAAUCUCGUGACUAGUGUAAACAGAGGAAAGAAAUGGCCUCCGAAUUACGAAUCCAUAUUCAAGGCCGAGUUGUGAAAAUCGUGGUGAAUAUUGUCAAGUAAUCAUUAUGCAAACAAGUCACUCCGUGUGUCAACUGCUAAACACUAAUUUGCAUUCCAAAACAGUUAAGACAGAAUAGUGCUUCUACUAAUAUAAAUGUAUAUUUUUGGCUUUUUACUGAUAUUGUAUGAGCAGCCUUUAAGGAAGAAUCAGCAAUAUCUUGCGAUGUAGUACUUUUGUGCUGAUAAUUAUUGUCUCUAUGUAUAGCUUUGCUGUCUAUAUUAUCUCUGAAUGAUCGUCGGAAAGGAUUCUUUGUUGUGAUGUUCCACCAAGCGAGUCAGCGAGAGGGGGAUUUGUGUACUUUUUAACAACGGAUAUACAACUAAUGUCGUUUAGUUAUUUUCACUAAAAAAAUGGACCAACAUAUAGAUCGAAAUGAAAACUUUAAACAAAAUGAGCUAAAAGACUAAAAAGUCCAAUGAGAAGGUUAAACAUCUGCAAUUUGUCAGACGUUAAACAAUAAUGUAUCGUUUACAUUUGCGACUUGUUCAACGAGUUAUCAUAAUUACAACAAGUAUAUCAUUGUUUGGAAGUAUAUCUGUUUGGUUGAGUAUGUUUACGGGACUCGAGUUACAACCGUAUGGGGAGCGUCAUUUGAGCCAGGUAACCCACGAUUUAUCGGCGAAGGUUUCGUCUGAAAAUGGUUUAAACGACGGAGCUGGUUCGCGUAGUUUUAAACAAGAUGUGGUUGCAGGUAUGAGAAAUAAGACAAUGACUUAUUCCUCGUCUAUUAUAAAACGUGUGUUUGGUAUACACCCAUUUCGCAUUUCAAACCGGCAUCGUGCUGAUACAGACGGCAAACAAGAGAUUAUAUCAAUCGCAAUGGAUCAACGAGAGGGUGAAGAAGAUAAAUAUAUAUUUGUCUUCCAUCAUUAUGAGCAAUUUGGUAAAACAACAGAAAAUUUUGUACAGCUGUGUUCUAUAGCAGUAUAUGGCUCGAGAGUAGUUGUCGAACCUUUCGUCCGUGAUUCACGAAUGUGUGGCUUAAAAACUGGUUGGUGGGGUAAAGAACUUACACCAAGUCGUUUAUUUAAGCCGCUUGGUCUUUAUUUCGAUGUGAAAGCAAUGAACGAAAUACUCUCUCAAAAUCAAUAUACGACAGUGCGCCCACUAACUCAGUUCAAGAGGGUUUGCAACAAAACGACAUCAAAUAUAACUUUAGUUCACUUCCUUUAUAAUGACGGUAAAGAAACAACCAAAAUGUGGUUUCAGUUAAGUGAAAAGGACUAUCAAAAUAUUUAUCUGCAAACUAAUAAUACAGGUUGGUACGAGUGCCCAUUUAUUGACAGGGGUUUAAAUAUUUCAAAGAGAUUAGGUGAUACCACGGCGGGCAGACAGUUGUGUGUUAAUGCAGAAAGGAUCACAGAUCAUAAAAUGUUUGAAAAUGAUAUUCUUCAAGGUGAUAAAUGUGUUGUGAUUACCUACUGGAAAGGCUUUGGAAAAAAUAGAACUCAUUUCAAGCCACAAGUGAAAUUAAAUGCACGCGAAAUAGUCCAUAGACUUCAUCAUAGUAAUCUUAUUUUACAAGAAGCUGAACUCUAUAGACGAACGUUUCUAGAAAGAACAUAUAUUGCGUUGCAUGUGAGGUCUGAACGGCAACUCUUAUGGUAUUCUGAACAAUCGCUCUUGAAAUGCGUUCAUGCCGUACUAAGAAGAGUUUUUAAAUUGAAAAAGGAACAUGGCAUUCAAACUGUGUUCCUUGCUACAGACUUAACGCGGUAUGGCUCAGAUACUUUAGUGUCUAAUAAACCAAAUAGUCUGAAGAGGUUCGAGAAACUUCUCAUGAACUUUUUAAAGCCAAAGCGAUACAGUCCUCAUCAAACUGACCCACUAUUAAUGGACCACGGAGUUGUGGCAAUUGUUGAAAUGAAUAUACUAAGUCAGGCAAAACACUUGGUGACACUCGGGUCUGGAUCAUUCCAAGAAUGGGUUAUGGCCCUUUUCAUAGAGAGAAAAAAAGGAGAGGAACAAGACUGGACUAUAACAAGAGUGUGUUCGAAAGAGAAGAAGGCCCAUUGAUUGAAAAUUUUUACUACAUUUGUGAAUGUAUAUAGACGACGGUUAAGUUCAACUUUUCACGAAAUUUAGGAGCAGUGUGCCGGCGCUUCCCGUAACAACUUCGAGGUAUAACAACUGUCUAAAACUAAAAUAAACAAAAACACUGCUCUUUUUUCAAUGUUCCCUACCCUAUUCUAUUUUUUUCUCUAUAAUUAGACAGUUGCUCAAACACAUUUGACGCGAUUUUAUAAUUAGGUAUAAAAAAAGGUAUAUAUAACGUUAACUAAUCAGGUUUUUACUAAGAGAAAGUACAAUAAACAAAACGAUAUAGGUUAUAUGAACC